AUGGUCGGCGGGGCUCCUCAGACGGACAAUAUCGUCCAUCGCAUGGCGAUGGAUGAUAAAGUCCCAUGGCAUCAGAAGAGGAACUUGCGCUACCUAUACUUCAUGUUGUUUCCAUGCCUGAUGGGGAUCGAGAUGACUUCUGGGUUCGAUUCGCAGAUCAUCAAUGCCGUCCAAAUAGUUCCUGCAUGGUCCAAUUUUUUCGGCCAUCCUACGGGUGGAUAUAAGGGCAUUCUGGCCUCCGCCUUACCCCUCGGUGCAGUGAUCGGCCUCCCCUUUAUCCCACUCCUCAACGACAACCUAGGUAGAAGAUGGUGUGUCAUGUUUGGAAGCGUGACAAUGGUCGUUGGCUCGCUGAUCCAGGGGUUUUCGGUUAAUGGCGCGAUGUAUAUUGUUUCCCGGUUAAUCAUUGGUUUCGGACUACCGUAUGCCAUUGUGGCAGGAUCUAGUUUGAUCGGAGAGCUCGCGUAUCCUAAGGAACGUGCAAUCUUGACAUCUUUGUUCAACGCAGCCUAUUUCAUUGGUGCCAUCGUGGCUUCGACUGUGACCUAUGGAACCCAGCAAAUUCCGUCAGAUUGGUCUUGGAGAGUUCCUUCCCUUUUACAGAUGUCGCCAUCUUUAUUACAGGUCGCCCUCAUUUUUUUCUUGCCCGAAAGCCCCAGGUUUUUGAUAAGCAAAGAACGAUACGAGGAAGCCUUCAAAGUUAUAGUUACCUACCACGCCGAAGGGAACGAAGAUUCGGAAUUUGCGAAGGCAGAAAUGGCUGAGAUAAAGACUACUAUAGCUAUCGAGAUGGAGCAUUCGAAACGUUCUUGGAUGGAUAUGAUCAACAAUCCCGGAAACCGACGACGUGUGCUUAUCGGCUCGCUCCUCGGGAUCAUGUCGCAGCUUUCCGGGAAUGUGGUUAUUUCGUAUUAUUUGGGUGAUAUCCUUAACCUGAUCGGCUUCACGGACCCCAGCUUCCAGGCUAAAUACAACAUUGGGAACCAGUGCUUGGGACUAGUUUGCGCUGUCUUCACCGCGUUGCUGGUCAUGAGGUUCAAGCGCAGAACGAUGUUCCUUGGUUCCAUAUCUGGUAUCUUGAUCAUAUAUGUAGCAUGGACGAUAUCAGCGGCCGAAGCCAUUGUUGGAGGCUCGAAGGCCGCCGGAAAGCUUUGUUUGUUCUGGAUAUAUGCGUACCAGCCAGCUUACAACAUCGGCUUUAAUGCCCUCACGUACACCUAUCUUGUCGAAAUUUUCCCAUAUGCCAUGAGAGCUCGCGGAAUCUCAAUCUUUCAGUUCUUCGGAAAAGCCGCCCAGUUCUUCGGCACGAACGUCAACCCCGUUGGCUUAGACCCAGUCAACGGUAUCGGCUGGAAAUUCUUGAUCGUGUACUGUUGUUGGAUUGCGGUCGAGGCCUUCCUUAUGUGGUACCUCUGGCCCGAGACUUCGAAUCGGACCUUGGAAGAACUUGCCUUCUUGUUCGAGGAUGCAGACCGAGCUCACGCCGCGACGGAAGCUGUCGAGAAGCAGAUCCACACCGAGGAGGUCAAGCACCAUGAGGAAGCGAAUAUAUCUGAAACUACAAGCAAAGACCAAGUUUAA